AUGAAUAAUAGGGGCGCCUUGUUUGCCCUGUUGGAACAGCACAUCACCUCACUCGCAGUAGACACGGCCAGCACAGUACUGGUGAGUGGCAGCCUGGAGAGCCUUGAGGAGAGCGAUGUGGAGAAUUUUCCAGAAUUCUAUCGAAACCUUACAUGUGUGACACACGAUCUAGAUGCAAUGUCCUGUAAAUGGGAAACUCCGGACUCUGCUGGAUCUGCAGUACUCUAUGAGGUUUGUUUAUGGCCUUCGGAACAAGAGCGAUGUUAUGACUCUCAUAGUAAUAGUCUGCAGGUUGAAUUGCAAUUGUUUUCCACCAUGCAAGUGAGGAUCAAGGCAAAAAAUGUCUCCGGGGAACCAGUGAUCAGUUUUAUGACGACCGCCCAAGAAAUCCCUUACGUUCCCUAUACACCACAGAUCCUCUCCUUGGUGGGUGAUUAUAAGUCUGAUGUCCUGCUUGUGAACUGGACGGUGAAUUUCACCGGCUUUCUGAACACGGUGACGAUAGAAUGGGAGAUCAACGUGUUACGGGGUGAAAACCUUCAGCUAGUCAAAAAUGAAACAUUCGUGGUACACUGGAAUUUAAGCAUGACUACGUUCCAUUGGAACUGGACCUCAGACUUUCCUUUGAAUUGCACAUCGCACUCUGUAAGGAUCCGAUGCCUCGUCCAUGAUGAAUACUACCCUGGAGAGAUCCGGCAUAGUGAAUGGAGUGUCUUAAAAACAAUAGAUGGUGACACCAGUUUGGAUGAGCCAAUGUUUCCUGUCGAUAAGGUGCUUCUCGUCGGCUCCAACAUGACCGUCUGCUGCAAACUAGAAAAUGUAAUGUCAAUCGAGUUUAAUACUACCAAAUAUCCUGUAAUCGAGCUUGGCAGCCCCAAUGUCGGAGGCAUUCGGCUCUUCAACAUGAACAAAUCAGAGCCUAGCGGGGACAACAUCGUCUGCUACUCCCAGAGUCCUGAAAAUAUGGCUGGAACUGUCGUUUUCGUGGGAUACCCGCCGGCUGAUCCACAGGACUUUAACUGUGAAGCACGUGAUCUCACAAUUAUCAACUGUACGUGGAAAACAGGCAGACCCACUGGAUUGUAUGGAGAGCGUGGUACAAAAUACACAUUAUAUGAACGCUUCUCGGGAAUAAACCUAACAUGUUCGGGGUACACCGGAGAUCAGGAAGAUUACAACUGCAGCGUGGAUGUGAAGAAAGGGAAGAACUUAUACGAGUUUCUUCUUCUUGCUACAAAUCCCCUUGGAGCAGCGAACAUUUCCCUUGACCUCGAUAUCAGAGAAAAGAUUUAUCCAUUUCCUGUGGAGAGAAUCAGUAUCAAUGACCUCACUCCAACUGAGGUGUCCGUCUCAUGGAUUUUACCCGGCGCUUAUACUUCCGUUGAUCUCCUAUGUGAAACUGAAAUCAGGAAAACACAUGGAGAGGUGGAAAGGCGUAACAUUACUUUGAAAGGAGCAGACAGAACAUACUACAAUUAUCCUCUAAACAACCUGCAUCCAUUCACCAGCUAUAAUUUUCGUGUUCGAUGUUCAUCGCAUGAUCAUUUCUGGAAAUGGAGCAACUGGAGCAAAGCAGUGAAUCACAAGGCUUUAGCAGCAGCACCUUCAAGAAAGUUGGAUAUCUGGGCAGAACGGAUCCACACACUGGAAGGCUUUUCUAUAGCAGUUUAUUGGAAGCAUUUAAAGCUUUAUGAAGCCAAUGGAGACGUGACCUCCUAUAGCAUAGAGUGGAAGCCACUUCACAGUAACCAGAGGCCCCAGAGUGUCCGACGGUCCGGAGAGUUCAACAGAACCCAGAUUAACCUUCCUGCUGUUGAUAAUGGGGAUUAUGAAAUAAAUGUAACUGCUAUCAAUUCAGCUGGAUCAUCGCCACCUUCAAGUAUGACCACUGUUCAGCUUUCUUCUGAGGAUGUUGAAAUAGAGAGGGCAGUUGGAGACAGCAGUGGCAUUAACAUCACCUGGAAUCCAGAUUCAAACUUCAGCUGUGGUUAUGCAGUGAAAUGGGUUCCUUCUUUCCACCUUCAAGGGGCUGACCUGCAGUGGAAGAGAUUUUCAUCACACAGGACAAGUGCUUUUAUCCAUACACAACAAAUCCAAGCUGGUGUCCGCCACAACAUAUCACUGUAUGGCUGCAGAGAGAACAAGUUUCAGCUUCUGAAAAGCCUCAUUGCAUACACAGAGGAGCUACCUCCCAAAGUGUCUCCAAAUUUUACUGUCCAAGAGACUACGUCGAACUCCAUACUGGUGAAAUGGGAACCUAUUCCAGAAGAUAACCUGUGCGGAUUCCUGCAGGGUUAUCUGGUCUACGUAGUGAAAAAUCAGAGCGACUCCUACUUUGCCAAGUUCAGGGAUCUAGCUCGUCACUCUGAGACUAAAAUGAAGAAUAUCACAGACUUGGCUGUAAGGGUGUUGAAGAUUGAAGAUCUACAAAGUGGAACAAAUUACCAACUGGGUCUGCAGGCCUAUACCAGAGGGGGACAAGGCCCAAUCAGAUCGUUUAGUGUUGUGACCAAUGACAAUGCUCUCGGUUUAAUCCUCGCCAUUCUGAUCCCGAUUGUCGUCGCCGUUGUACUCGGUAUAGUCACAAUUGCCAUAUGCUACCACAAAAGAGAAUGGAUCAAGGAAACCUUCUAUCCGGAUAUUCCAAAUCCUGAAAACAGCAAAGCUUUGCAGUUCCAGAAUAACAUCAGUGAGGGUACCAAAACUAUAAAAACACUGGAGAUGAACCCAUGUACCCCUAAUAGUGUUGAGGUGGUUGAGUCCUUUUAUACCGUUCCAAAAAUCCUGGACACAGAACUGAAUUCUCCAAUGUCCGAAAGCGGCCAGCUUCCUGAAGAUGGGUCAGAGGCUCCCGAUGAUGACCACAUUGUUGUUUCUUAUUGCCAACCCACUAGUCAUGGAGAUAUAUCUAAUCCAGUGCUGGAUGAAUCAGCCACUCCUUCCCAGGUGGUGUAUAUAGAUGUUCAGUCCAUGUACCAACCGCAGGUCAACUCAGAAGAAGAGCCGGAGAGUGACUUUUUGGAUAGCAGUGGUUACAAGCCACAAAUGCAGCUACCUAUAAGCUCUGUCACCAUGGACAGUCAUGAACCUGCAGAGGAUACCUUAGUGGAAUGUGCAGGUUAUAGACCUCAGGGACAUCCUAAUACCUGGGCUGUGGAUUCACCAGGUUCCCCUACAUCCAUUGGAAGUGAAAAUGCUUCUUUUGGGAGCCCUUGCUCUGUUAACUCCAGACAUUUCUUGAUCCCCCCAGUGGACAACAAGGACUCCCUCAAACCAACUCAUAUAGGAUGGUCAAUAUCUUCUCUCUUUCAGAACAAACAGGAUGAUUGA